UUGGCCUGUAGGCAACUAAAAAAAUUGAAGGCAUAUUCCUCAACUUGUCUCAUUUAGAAGAGAUGUUAUACUUUACCACUCAAGCCCUUGCAAGGAUGAAUAGACUUAGAUUGCUCAAAGUCUAUAACUCUAAAAAUAUUUCAAGAAACUUCAAAGACACCUCCAAUAUGGAGAAUUGCAAAGUGAACUUUUCCAAGGACUUUAAAUUUUGUUACCAUGAUUUGAGGUGCCUAUAUUUUUAUGGAUACUCUUUGAAAUCAUUGCCCAAUGAAUUCAAUCCAAAGAAUCUUGUUGAGCUCAGCAUGCCUUAUAGUCGCAUUAAACAAGUUUGGAAAGGAAUCAAGGUUCUUGCAAAUUUGAAAUUCAUGGAUCUCAGUCACUCUAAGUACUUAAUAGAAACUCCAAAUUUUCGGGGAGUCACCAACCUCAAACGGUUAGUUUUGGAAGGAUGUGUGUCUUUACAUAAGGUUCACUCAUCACUUGGAGAUUUGAAGAAUCUCAUUUUCUUGAAUUUGAAAAACUGCAAAACACUUAAGAGUCUUCCAAGUAGCACAAGUCAUUUGAAAUCGCUUGAAAUAUUUAUUCUUUCAGGUUGCUCGAAAUUUGAAGAAUUUCCUAAGAACUUUGGGAGCUUAGAAAUGUUGAAGGAACUUUAUGCAGAUGAAAUUGCUAUAAGAGUACCUCCCUCCUCUUUUUCUUUCUUAAGAAACCUUAAAAUAUUAUCCUUUAAGGGAUGUAACGGACCAUCAUCUACCUUAUGGUUGUUGCCAAGAAGAAGUUCAAAUUCCAUUGGUUCCAUAUUGCAACCUUUGUCAGGUUUACGUUCUUUAAUAACACUAAACCUAAGUAACUGCAAUUUAUCGGAUGAACCAAACCUUAGCAGUCUUGGCUUCUUAUCAUCGUUGGAAGAAUUAUAUUUAGGUGGGAACGACUUUGUUACUUUGCCUUCAACCAUCAGUCAACUUUCUAAGCUAAAGUUGUUGGGGUUGGAAAAUUGUAAAAGACUGCAAGUACUUCCAGAGCUUCCAUCAAGCAUAUAUUAUAUAUGUGCAGAAAAUUGCACAUCAUUGAAAGAUGUCUCAUGUCAAGCAUUUAAGUCACUACUUCCAACUGGCCAGCAGCAAAAGCGCAAGUUCAUGGUUCGCGUUGUGAAACCGGAUACAGCCUUGGCGGUUUUGGAAGCAUCUAAUCCUGGGAUUAGAAUACCACAUAGGGCAAGUUGUCAGAGGAUCGAUCCCGUUGUGAAACUGGGUAUAGCCAUAGUGGCUUUAAAAGCAUUUAUUCCUGGGAGUAGAAUACCAGAUUGGAUAAGGUAUCAGAGCUCAGGGAGUGAAGUAAAAGCAGAGCUACCUCCAAAUUGGUUUAAUUCCAACUUCCUGGGUUUUGCUUUUAGUUUUGUCACUUGCGGCCAUUUCUCUUGCUCUUCAGUUGAAAGCGGAUGUCUUGUUGGAGUCGGAUCACGUGUGCCUGUGUUAUGUACCACUUCCCCAGUUGCGGAAUUUCUCUCAAGUGACUCACAUCAAGGUAUCAUUUAUGGCAGUCUCCAGGGAGGUGAGAUUGAAAUUAAGAGGUGUGGGGUUGGUAUAGUGUACAGUAAUGAAGAUGGGAAUCACAACAAUCCCCCAAUGAUCCGAUUCAACUCUAUCUCCUCUCCUCCUCCUCGUAGUAAGUCAACCGUUGUCCUUGAAGAAAUCCAUGAGGAGGAACCUAGUGGAAAUGGGUGCCCUAAUGUUGAUGGCUCAGAAGAAGUGAGGAGGAGGAACCUAGAACUGCUACUGUCUGUCUGA